AUGAGGAACGGCGAGGACCUGGAGGGCUUCGACGGCGAGGCGUCCAGCGCCUCCAUGAUCUCGGCCGCCAGCAGCCCCUACCAGCCCACCACCGAGCCCGUCAGCCAGCGCCGCGGGCUGGGCGGCCUCCGCUGCGACCUGGACUACCUGCGGGGCACCCUGGGCAGGAUGAAGGUGGCCGAGGUGGUUUUGGCGCUGACGGCGUUCAUCUGCAUCGAGACCAUCAUGGAAUGCUCCCCCUGCGAGGGCCUGUACUUCUUUGAGUUUGUGAGCUGCAGUGCCCUCGUGGUCACCGGGGCUCUCCUGCUUUUGUUCAGCCUAAACCUUCACACGAGGAUACCACAGAUCAACUGGAAUCUCACUGAUCUGGUCAACACUGGACUCAGCACUUUCUUCUUUUUCAUUGCCUCUGUAGUACUUGCUGCUUUAAACCAUAAAACUGGAGCAGAAAUUGCUGCUGUGGUGUUUGGUUUCCUGGCAAUGGCAGUGUAUGCUGUGAACACGUUCCUGGCUGUUAGGAAGUGGCGAGUGAACAGGCAGCAGAGCAGCCGACAGACCAGCGACUACAUCCGUGCUCGGACAGAGUCCAGGGAGGUCGUUCAUCGCCCGGAGAUCCAGCGCCUGGACGCGUGACAGACCUUCCAGGGGGGCUGCAAAGGGAAAACAAGUGCUUGACUCCCUCAUGGAAUAAGGGUUUUUUCUGUAUUUACGGAGGAAAAGGAAGAUCAGAGGGUGGCAGAGGAUGCCCAGCCCUGUGUGUGUGCCGUCGGGUCAGGAGCUGUUGGCUGGAGGCAGGAAAUGGUCAUUCAAAAGGAAGAUCCGUUCAAGAUCUCUACAUAUGUAUAUGCAUAUAUUAUAUAGCUUAUAUAAUAUAUUUUAUAUAUAUGUUUUGAAGUAUGUUACUGUUCUGGAUUGACUGCACAGUGGUUUCCUUCCCUCUCUGGAGCUCCGUGUUCUUCGUCUGCCGCAAACACUCGGGACCAGCACCCCCAGCACGCCUGGCUUGGCUCACACGGGAGAGGAACCCACCAGAAGUGAUUUCAUACCCCCAGGAGGAGGUGAGGGGCAAACAGCAAUAACUUCAGCCACGUCCCCUGUCCAGCAAACUGUGUCUGCCCAUCCCCACAGAGCCCCAUCCGCAGGAGCUCCCGUGGCACACUCGGCUGGAGGAGCUGGAAAGCAUUCCUGGUGUUUGGGGUGGGUCCUGUGCCCACUGCAGUUCCUGUGUGUUUGGGGUGGGUCCUGUGCCCACUGCAGUUCCUGUGUGCCCCUGGCCAGCUCUGAACUCGUGUGCAGUUGCUGGGGGUCCUUGGGAUGCACCAGUGCAAGGAGGUGGUUCUGUGCUAAUGGUGGGAUAUGUUCUCUUUUUCAUUCCAAAAUGGGAGACAGGUGGAGAAAAGGGGUUUGAAGGACACAGUAGAGAAAGAAAGGGUUGUCAUCCAAUAGACUUAAUUCCAGCUAUGGCUUUUUUUUUUUUUUUUCCCCCUUUUUUUUUUUUUAUUUUAAGGUUCAACAUUUCUAGAAGUUCUUGCUAGAGAACUUGCUUUCUCUUCAAGCCCAGGGUAAGCAAGAACUAGCAAAAAAUUAUGUGCUUAUAAAGUGUUUCUAAGGUUGCAAAGUCGUGAUUCAUGUAAGAGAAAUAUUUCUUUUUGGAAGGAUGGUGGUUCUAAAAUUAAAACCAUUGGUAGUAGGUAAACCUGAUUUCAUUUUUUUUGAAGUAGAUGUUUCUGCAGAUUUUUCCCCAAAAUGUUUCUUUGGAAAAUGAAUUUAGCUAAUUGGAAGAUAAUAUGGUUGUAUUGAUUUGUUUAGAAAUAGUUUUACCUAACUGAAAUUUUCUUAUUUUGAUUGUACUUCCAGUGAAUGAAUUACAUUUUUCUUUACUUAAACCUCAAAUUCUGUUCCUAAUAAUACUGUAAUAUUAUUAGGAAGACGUCUCUUGAUAUUUUUCUGUUUCUUUGCUUGGUGUUUUUGUCUGUGUAAUUCAUUAUUUGGCAUUUGCCUGCCUGCAUGUCACAUGAAGACAUUGUGGGGGAGGAGAUGUCUGGAGCUGAAUUCCUUUCUGGUGUGAGGAAUAUGAAAAUCCAUGGGAUUAGUGGGACUGAGUGACUGUCUGCCAUGUAUGCCUGAAUCUGUGUUCUGAUGUAGCUGUACUCUGCAGGUACCUGGAGCCUUAAGAAAUAGGUUGUGUUUUAACCAUGAAAACCAGGUUACACCAACCAGGAGAUCAGUAGAGGUGCCUGGGAUUUUUAAUGCUGGAGGGAACUGGGGUAGGGACAGGUGUGACCCUAAUUCUGCAGUGUUCAAAUUGAGAGCAGAGAUUUAUCUUGAUGUGUGGGGAAAAAAGGUGACAGAGGUGAUGUCUUUGAAUUUUCAGUGCACUGACAUCUGCAAUACAUUUCACUUGGGUGGCUAAGAUGGAGAUUAAAAUUCAGAGUUACUGAUGGUUUUAAAGAAAAUUUGUAUUUUCUUAGUGAGCAGUGGUUUAUCAGUUCUGUAGUAACAUUUUAUUGUGCUUUGUUGGAAGUUAAUGCCAAAGGGGUCAGUUCAAAAGAAGAUUGAAUCCUGUAAGCCUGGUGCUGGGUUUAGAACAGAGGCAUUUUAUUGUGGGGGUGUCUCACCAGGGUUGCUGUGCAUUCCUUGAGCAGGAAAUGACAGUUCCAUGUUCAGUGGUAAGAGUUUGUUAUUGCCAGUGGAGUUGUUCCAGCCCUGUGUUUGUCAGCACUGCCUGGCACAGUUUGCAAGGAGAGCUUGGAGAUACUUUUGUAGAGAGUUUGUGUGUAGAGAUUUGGUCAAUUUUUAAUAACUGGCAGUAAAAAACCUAAAGAACCUUUUUAAAAGUAGCACAAGCAUACCUGGACUGGAAUUGUAAACUGGCAUUAAAGCAGUUUGUAUAAGGACUGUAAAAAACCCCAAACAAAACAAAAAAAAACAACCCAAAACAUCCCCCACCAAAUCCAAAAGUGAACCCAAACCACCUACUAAAUACAAAAUAUCGUUCUCCAGAAAAUCCAUGUGUUUGGAGUGGAACUCCCACCUGAAAUCAAGGAACACAAGUUGGGGGAUGUGUGGCAAAGGCUUUUUGUCCCUUUGCUGGCUGAUGGCAGUGAUGGGAUGGAGGAUUCCUGGGUCCCCCCCUGUGCUCCCUGGGCUCAUCCUGGUUGUGGCAGAGCUGUGGGAGGCCUUGUCCCUCUAUAAAUUUAGGAAUUUGGUGUCUUUCAAAUCCCUGCACGUUUCCUUGCCUAGAAAAGGGAUGACUUCACUGAGUUUUCCUUGGAGUGAGGUCACAGUUACCUUUUAGCUGCAGUGACAAGUGCAGGAGUGGUACAGUUACACUUCCAAUAAAGUGUAAUCCUUGGGCACCUAUUAUAAUAUACUGGAAUGGCUUUGAGGGCUUUUACAUGUUUUCUUCAGCUGAAAAUGCCAUUAUUUCCAUCAUGACUUGAGCUUAGCAGAGCAUUAAUUUUAAAAUUACUGAUUCACUUUGUAAAACAAAAGCAACUGUAAAUCUGUAAUUUCUUUAUAUUUGGGACCAAAGAUGAUUUUAGUAUUGUACAGAAUAUACUUUCUAGAAGAUCUUAAGCACUUAUUACUCUGCAGAGACAUUAUUUUCUAUUUGGAUUAUAUAGAAGGGAAAUAAAAUAGCUGUGAGAGACAACUAAAUUUGAAAUAUUAGGAUCAUUUGAUGUAUACAUGGUUCAUUCCUCCCUGACUUAAUUUUACACAGAGGUACUAUUUUAAGACUGUUGUCCAAACUGCAGUCAUCACAAAAAAUCUUAUGAGAAGAAAAUAGGAUAGAAAGUUUUAAUUUUUUUUUAACUUGUUUAGAAAAGUGACAUUAAAUUGCUUCUCUCAGCCAGUUAGUCUUGCUUAUAAUUGCUAGCACAGAGGGAUAGAUUUUUUUAAUCCUUAAAAGUGCUGUUUAUCUCCAUAAAGGGACUCAAAACCCACUGUAAAUAGAACUAAAUCAGAGCUAAACAGUUGAACCUUGUAGGAACGGGCUGCUUGAGACUGUAGCGGUUCAGAUCAGUCCUCUUUGGUCCAACCCAGCCCUCAGACAGGGAAUCUCUGUAUUUCUGGGUGUAGAACUGACUGGGAAUUUUGCCACCUAUGCACAGAUAUCAGAAUAUUAAACAAUAGGAUCUGACUGGAGCAAGAGCCUAGGAAUGGUUGUACAGCAUUGCAGGAAUCUGUACUUUCCUGCUCUGUGUUCAGCUCAGCUCUGUCAGGCUCAGCUGUGUGUCACACGUCCUUGUGCUGUGCAAAGGCUGCACCAGGAAUUCCUGAACCACAGGCAGGAGCUGAGGGAAGAGUCUCAGCAAAGCUGAUUCCUUCCUCCUGCCCCCGUGUUCCCUGGAUUUGUACAUUGGUGCCUCAUGGAUCCAAUGCUUUCAUAACAAUUCCUGUUCAGCCUUGUCGUUGCUCUGGGCAGGGUCUGUGUCAGGAGGAGCAGCACCCAGUGUCCCCAUCCCUGUGACUCUGGGGCUCUUUCCUUUCCUGCUGGUUUGUGAGGCUGGCUGUGCUGGGGAAGUGUUCUCCAUUCCCGUGGGAUUGUGGAAGGGAGCUGGUGUUCUCCAUGUGUUUAGGACUUCUGGUAGAAGCCACACACUUAGAGGUUGAGAGAAUUAAAGAUUCUCUCUCUGCCUUUUUUGUGAGACAAGGUCCCAGCUCCAGAGCUCCCAUGUCUGUGUUUCAUCCUGGGCUCUGUGUUGGGAAGCACAGCAGCAGCAGUGCUCUGUGCCUUGGAAGCAACUCCUCAUCCUUCACCUGUAAGAUGCCUCUUCCAAAGCAUUUCAGUGAAAGGAUCAGUGUGUGGUGCUGCUUCCCAGGCUCUGUCCCCUGUGUUGCCCUGUGCAUCUCAGAGUUCUUCCCUUUGUCUGUGUUUCGUUGUUGAUUCCACAGAGGAAGGGAAAGUUUCCACUCUUCCCUAAGAUAAUUGUUUAGUUUUCUUUCUUUCAUGACUGUUGUCCCUUCCUAACACUUGGGGUUCUUGCCAUGCUGUGGAUCCCAGCAGCAGAACUGAAGAGCUCCAGGCUGCAUUGGGACUGUUAGGAGGGAAUGAACCACUAGUUUUUCAUGAACUUUAAUGUCCCUACAUGAAUUUGGUAUUUGUCACCUCUGUGCUAUUUAGGGCAUGUGCAGGCACAGCAAAUGCUUACCCAAUAUGUGGUUUUAUUGAUGCAACCUUUUCCCCCUCUUCCUUAGUCUUGUUCUAUGUCUGUUGUUUUCUUGUCUCAUGAGAACUUUGUAAACAUUUCUUCUUGUUUUCUUUUGUGAGGAAAAACUCUCACCAAAAAUCUAAAAUAAGGAAGUUUUUAGGGCAUAAUUAAAAACCAAACCCAAACUUAAUAGCAAUUCAGAUAGUGUAGAAAAUAAUAUCCUGUGUCCUGCUCAGCUGAGACACUGAACAGCUUUGUGCAUGAAAGAGUAUAAAGAACAGUUCUUGUGCUGGAAGCUCUGGAGCCAAACAUCCUCAGCAGGUAUUUAGGGUAAAUGAAAAGGUAGGGACCAUCUGAUUGGGAAUAUGAGAUAUGAGAAUGACUCUUAGCAAUCCAGUCCUUUCAAAGUGAUAUUUGAACAAUAAAAAUCCCAGCAGCAGAAGGAAAGAUGCUUCUGCAGUUCUUAAAGGAGAGGCAGACCUUGGAUCAGAGGUGUUUGCUCAGGAGGGCUCUGUCUGAGCAGACAGAGGUGUCCUGGGCAUGGAUUUUAAUUUAAAAAUGGUACUGAAAUCAGUACAAAAAUCAGAGGGAUGUUUGAAAGUACUUUGUAGAAAUGAUGCCGUAUUCCUCUCUGUGGUUUUGUAUAAAUUCAUUUUAACCAAAUACUCAGGAAAUCUCUGAGUUUUUUCCUGGUAUAUCAUUUUCCCUCUUAGCAUCUUGGCCACCUUGAUAGAUCUGUUUGACCAAGUCAGAGUGGUGCUGCCAACCUGAAAGGGUUUCCUUGUUUUGGUUCUUUUUUUUUUUUGUGUUGUCUUUUUUAAAUCUGUCUAUAAUUUAACCAUUGUAUGGUAAAAAUAAUCUUUAAAAAAUCUGCUUACACUGUGAUUUCUGAUAGCCUUUAAUCAACACAAUCUCAUUUUCUUUUGGGAUAUGCAGGUUUCAAAAGUGUUCUUAUAUAUGCCCAGAAAUUAAAGUUGUCUAUUUAUCAUAGGAAUGUGAUUAGGUAAAUCCAGAAUCCCAGUACAGCUCUUUCAUAUGUGCUGGAUAGAUGAGUUAGUUAAAUUGCCUUUUAAUCUCUAUGGGUUAAUAAAUAUUUUUUUAUAACUAGCCACAGAUAGUCCUUUUUAAAUUAUACUUGGCAAACAGAAGAUAUUUAAUUUUAUAUACAAUAUACAUAGUUACCAUGAUUGACAUAUUUAUAACGUAGAGCUUUGUGUUUACAAUGAAGGUUUUAUGGGGGUUUUUUUGGUUUUUUUUUUUUUUUUUUUUACCCAUGGACUUCAUGGGUGAAACUUUAAAAAGCCAGUUAGCAUAUAUGGGAGGAUAUGGAAACUAUUUCUUGGAUUCAGGAUGAGGACAUAGGAGCAUUUCAAAAAGCAGUGGCCAGAUUGUAGUAACAGAGUAUGUGGGGGGUUUCUUAUUUUUUGGUUGGGGCUGGUCCCUACAGCUGUUUUAAUAACAUCUGGAUGUGAGUAACAGAAUGGAAUAUGACCAUCUGCCUCUUCUGACUGUCCCAGGCUAUUGUGUGGAGUACAGGAAAUUUCAGGGUAUUGUAUUGUUUUGGACAAAUGUCUCAAUAGACAUAUUUAAUUAAAACCUUCAUGUGUUUGAAAGAAAACACCCUCUCUGAACUAGGCUGAUUUACCACUUUUGGUAACCUUUUAAUCCCAAAAGUAGUACUGUCUAAAUACUUUUAGUAAUGUUACAUCUGUCCUGAUGUCUACUGGUUUAAGUGGUUCUGGCACCCUUUUAUUACAACAAUUGCUACCUUCAUUUUUCUACUGUUUAUACUUUAAUCUUGAAUGUUUACUGGUUUCUACUUGUUGGAUAUUGUGGAGGGAGAGUGUACCUUAGCACUACAGAUCAUCCAGCUUUAACUCAUUCAUCACAGUUCUGGAGUAAGGAAAUAUUUUGAUUUAUAUAUUGUGGCCAAUCGAUUGCAUUUUAAAAUGAUUUCUGUACUUUAGGCACAACAUUUAUGACAUAACGAAUGACUUAGCUGAUCAUUAUAUCUGUCUAGACUUACUCUCUUCUGUGUUAGUGUCAUUUUGAAACUAUUUGUAUAUGUUGAAGUUUGUAAGGGUUCAGGAACCCACAAUAAAAUAGUAAAGUAUGUAUUUAUUUCUCAUUAUAACGCUCGAUUUUGAUUUGAAAGUUGACACUUUGUACGUCUUUUCACAGAAUUGUAAACAAAUACCGAAAAACUGCUUCACCUGGGGUGCCUUCCGUGUCUGGUGUGAACACUUGUCACUCACAGAAAUAGAGAUGUAAAUUUAUUAAACCAGUCAGCACUAUUUUUGUACCAUGGGUCCCUGAUGCAUCUCUGCCUUCCCUGUGCUUUGUUCCCACCACCCCCAGUCCGUGGCUGCUGCUCGUCCCUUCCCCGUGGGCACUCCCAGGGAAUCUGAUCCCAGGGUGUCCCUUUGCCCUGCCCUGCCCUCAGCUGCACUGGGGAUGGAGAUCAAGCACGUGGCUGCUGGAGGUGGAAGGUGCUCCAAAUUCUGUCCUUGAGGCUUGGGAGAGAUGCUCGGUGUGGGAAGUCUCCGUCCCUGGGACUGAUUCUGGGUCCUCUGCAGAAACACUGCAGGCCCAGCCUAAACAUUCUCCUUCUGCUAUCAAGUCAUGGUUUAUGGCACCUGAGGAGCAUCCAGGCCUGACCAAAAGGUUAUGCCAGGGCUGUAGGUCCUGUCCUGACAGAUCUGUAAUUGCAAACAGCUCGGAAGGAUUAGCUGAGACAGCAGGUUCCACUUUCUGGCCUGAGCAAAGGGGAUGCAGUUCCUGUUCCCAUGUGAGCACGAUGUGCUGUGUAACACCCUUGGUGCUUUGCUGUGGCAGUAAAACCUGUCCUGUGGAGUCCCAGCAGCUCUCCCUGCACAUCUGGGUGCACGUGCAGCACUGCCUGGUGUCUGGCCCUGGGCAGGUCCCCUUGGCCUCGGGGGCUGCAGCUCAGGGGUCCCUUUCUCACCAAGUCCUGAGCGAGGACUUCAGGAUAUCACAGGUUAGCACAUGUUCACACAGGGACAAUUUACAGCCCUGGGGGGUUUCCCACUGCUUUGGUGAGUUCUGGAGGUUCUCCAGGAGCACUUGGCCAGUUGGUGAAGCAGCUGUUUGUCACAGUGGUGCCUCCAGCUGUGCCCUCUGUGCCCAGUGGAAGUGCAGCAUCUUCCAGCUCUGUGUGUGAAAGUUGUUCUCUUGAUGCUUGACCAAUCUCAAUACAGGAAAACAGAACCUCCACCUUGUUCCUAUGCCAGUAACAAUUUUUCAGUCUGUUGGUGUUUCUUUCUGUUGGUGUCUGCUAAUGAAAAACACGAGCUGGAGAAUUGUAAUGUCUUGCAAUACAGAAAGCAGUCCUGUUUUUAAAAUCCAUUCUGUUAUAGCAUAAUUUAAAUGGUGUAUUUAUCAGUUUUAAAUGUCAUUUUGGUUUCCCAGUCUUUUGUAUAUGGGCACAAUACUUUUUGUAAAUUUUUUUUUUUAGUUGUCUUUCUGUCUUUUCUUUCUGGUCUUGGAAGAUUUGGGUUUUCACGGUACUCUUCUGAUCAUUCUUCAUAGUGGUAAAAGUCUGUAUUUUUGUAUGUAGGGAAAAUGGUAGUUUUCUAACACUUAGCCCAAUCAAUAUAGUAUGGAAUCAUUUGUGAAGGACUUCCUGUUUAAUAAAUGGACAUAUUAAAGUACUAAA